AUGGUUAAAGAGACUAAACUAUAUGAUUUACUUGGUGUAUCACCAACUGCAAAUGAUGCAGAAAUUAAGAAAGGUUAUAGAAAGGCAGCUUUAAAGUACCAUCCAGAUAAGCCAACUGGUGAUACAGAAAAAUUUAAAGAAAUUUCAGAAGCUUUUGAAAUUUUAAGUGAUAAAAAUAAAAGAGAAGUUUAUGACCAAUAUGGUUUAGAUGCAGCUAGAUCUGGUGGUCCACAAUUCGGUGGUGCUGGUGGUGGAUUCCCAGGCGGUGCCGGAGGUUUCUCAAGUGGUGGUGGGUUCCCAGGUGGUGCUCAUUCUUUCUCAAAUGAGGAUGCAUUUAAUAUCUUCUCACAAUUCUUUGGUGGUAGCGCAGGUGGUGGUGAUGAUUCAGGAUUUUCUUUCUCUUCUGGUGGUAUGCCAGGAGGUCAUCGUUCUCAAUUCGGUGGUAUGCCAGGAGGUAUGGGAGGUAUGCCAGGCGGUAUGGGUGGAAUGCCCGGUGGAAUGGGUGGAAUGCCUGGUGGAAUGGGAGGUAUGCCAGGUGGAUUUAGAUCAGGUUCUGGUUCACCUUCAGGGAGUCCCGAAGAAAUUGUUCAAGUAAAUUUACCUGUAUCACUUGAAGAUUUAUUUGAAGGUAAGAAAAAAUCAUUUAAAAUUGGUAGAAAGGGUCAAAAUGGUAUUCCAGAAAAGACACAAAUUGAUAUUCAAUUAAAACCUGGUUGGAAAGCAGGUACAAAGAUAACAUAUAAAAAUCAAGGUGAUUAUAAUCCACAAACUCAUGGUAGAAAGACCUUACAAUUUGUUCUUCAAGAAAAGGAUAAUGCAAUGUUCAAACGUGAUGGAGAUAAUUUAAUUUAUACUGUACCUUUAACAUUUAAAGAAUCAUUAUUAGGAUUUCAAAAGACUGCACAAACCAUUGAUGGUAGAACAUUACCGUUAAAUAGAUCACAACCAAUUCAACCUUCGGAAAAUUCAGUUUAUCCGGGACAAGGGAUGCCAAUUGUGAAACAUCCAGGCCAAAGAGGUGAUUUAAUUGUUAAAUAUAAAAUUGACUAUCCAAUUUCAUUGAAUGAUGCGCAAAGAAAUGCAAUUGCUCAAAACUUUUAA